AUGGAUAACUAUGCAGACUUCAAUAUAGAGAACCUCUCAUCUUCAGCUAAUAUGUCUGUUUCUUUGCCUGGACAAGUUGGACUCAACACCACCAGCGGUGCUCCUUCUAUGUCAAUAAGCAGACUUUUUCCAGCUCUGUUAGAAUGCUUUGGAAUAAUUCUUUGUGGCUACAUAGCUGGAAGAGCCAACAUUAUCACGACAACUCAGGCCAAAGGACUGGGAAAUUUUGUGUCCCGUUUUGCACUCCCAGCUCUACUAUUCAAAAACAUGGUGGUACUUAACUUUUCUAAUGUGAACUGGUCCUUCCUGUACAGUAUAUUAGUUGCCAAAGCUGCUGUGUUUUUCUUAGUCUGCAUUUUAACAUUGUUGGUAGCCAGUCCUGAGAAUAGAUUUAGCAAAGCAGGUUUGUUCCCUAUUUUUGCUACACAGAGCAAUGACUUUGCACUGGGAUAUCCAAUAGUUGAAGCUUUAUAUCAGACCACUUACCCAGAAUAUCUCCAGUACAUUUACCUAGUGGCUCCAAUAUCUCUUAUGAUGCUAAACCCUCUUGGGUUUAUCUUCUGUGAAAUCCAGAAGUGGAGGGAUAAUCGCACUGUGUCACAGAGCAAAAUCAAAAUAGUGGGCCUAGCACUCCUUCGAGUUUUGCAGAACCCAAUUGUAUUCAUGGUCUUCAUAGGAAUUGCCUCAAACUUUAUUCUUGGCCAGAAAAUUCCCGAAUACCUUGAAAACUUCCUUGAUGGACUGGGCAGUUCAUUUUCUGGCUCCGCACUUUUUUACCUUGGACUAACUAUGGUGGGACAAACAAAAAAACUGACAAAGGGUAUGUUUGUUGCACUGAUCCUUCUCAUCACAGCUAAACUACUUAUGAUGCCAUUUCUGUGUAGAGAAAUGGUGGAACUCUUGGACAAGAGUGACAGCGUAGUCAACCACACCAGUUUAUCAAACUAUGCAUUUCUUUAUGGAGUUUUUCCUGCAGCACCUGGUGUCGCAAUAUUUGCAAGUCAAUUUAACAUGGAAGUAGGAAUUAUUACCUCAGGUAUGGUGAUAAGCACUUUUGUGUCUGCACCUAUUAUGUAUGUUUCUGCAUGGCUGUUGACCAUUCCAUCUAUGGACCCCAACCCGCUGGCAUCUGCACUCCAGAAUGUUAGCUUUGACAUAAGCAUUGUCAGCCUCGUUUCUCUGAUCUGGUCUCUUAUCGUUGUUGUUCUCAGUAAGAAAUACAAACAGCUUCCUCAUAUGAUUACAACAAAUCUACUUGUUGCUCAGUUUAUUGCUUGCAUUGGAAUGGUGGCAUGGAAUUUCAUUGUUAAAGAGAAAGACGUCACCAUGCAGAUCCUAGUAUUUAUAUUCCUCUACAGCUCACUUUAUAGCACGUAUCUGUGGACAGGUUUUCUAUCUUUCUCUUUGUUUCUGUUGAGGAAGAGAGAAACAGUAAAGAUUCCCAUUGGGUUUAUUAUCAUAGCUGGAUGGGGAGUCCCAACACUCCUGGUGGGAAUCUUACUAAUUGUUGGUGAACAUAACACAUCUAGUAUUGACUCUGCCUUUUUCUAUGGAAAACAUCAGAUAAUUACCACAGCAGUGAUCCUGUUCAUCAGUAUCUUGAUGUCAGGUAUCUCACUUAUGUGCAUGAACAGAAAUAGGCAAGAGUCAAGCUAUGAGGUACUGAACCCAUAUUCACCGCGUAGCCAAGUGGAGGAGGUUGAAGUGGAAGGGAGUGAGGGGAAUCGAGUUUCAGCCACUGUGGCUCAGACUUCUGCAGGAUCUUCUGCACAGCCUUCUCCAGGAUCUUCUGCACAGCCAUCUGCAGAAAGAGGCUGCUGUUCUUGUCAAACAACAAAUGGUGAAUUGUCCUGUGCUAGAGAGAGCAAAGCAGUGUCGAAUGCUGUUGAAAGCAAGGUUCCUCCAAUUGAGACAGCUGAUCAAUGUGUGAGUCAUUGCAGUGCUCAAACCUGUGUACUGGCUCAGGAAGAACAGCUGCUACAGACCAGAGACAAACAGCUGGCCAGACAUGUGCUGCUGUGCUUACUUCUCAUUGUUGGCCUGUUUGCUAAUCUUUCCAGUUGUUUGUGGUGGCUGUUCAACCAAGAGCCUGGAAGGCUGUAUGUGGAAUUGCAGUUCUUCUGUGCUGUGUUUAAUUUUGGUCAGGGCUUCAUUUGCUUUAGUAUUUUUGGCUUAGAUAAGCAUUUAAUCAUUCUACCAUUCAAGCGAAGACUUGAAUUUUUCUGGGGAGGAAGAGACGCAGCCGGGCAUACAGAUCCCUCUGUACCCGAGGAAAUCAGGAUGACUUGUCAGCAGUUUGUUCGUUAUCACAGAGAUCACUGCGUCAAAAGCAUUGUCAGAGGCAGAAGGUGUGGUGCAAAGAUCUCCACUGGCAUCUUCUUUGGCUGUGACCUGGUCAACUGGCUCAUGCAAGUCGGCCUUGCCUCCGACCGUGGUGAAGCUGUGAUGUACGGAGACAGACUGAUGAAAGGAGGCGUCAUCCAGCAUAUUACGAAUGAAUUUGAAUUUCGGGAUGAAUAUUUGUAUUACCGCUUUAUUCCUAAGAGAUCAGUUGCGGUUGAGAACCGUUGA